CUGGUGGCGCUCAUUGGUGCUGAGAAAUAAGUGGCAGGCACGCUCCACCCCUGGAGCCGGUCGCAGCGGCGAAUUCCCGGGCGGAGCGCCGCCGAACAAUCUUCCCGAGCAAGGGGCCCCCGGGCCCAUCCCCGCGCAUCCGCAGCCGAGAUCUGGCACACCAGCCGUGGAGCUGAGGACCGGACCGAGGACACAUCCGGGGCAGGGAGGUAGCUGGUGCGGGGCCGUCCAUUUUUCCGCCGCCGGGCCUGUGCCAUCGCCGGGCGGCGAUCUCGCGCCAGCGUCCUCCUCGUCCUCCUCCCGCUUCUCCUGCCCCUCCUCUUCCUCCACACGUCCACACUUCUUGCUUCAGCUUGGCCCCUCUCCCUGCGGCCCCGCCAACAUACUCCUCCGUGACGCCUCUCCGGGGUCCUCGAGCUCCACCUCUGUUCUUGUUGUCGCCUCGCUCUCGGCGAUCGCCCUCCUCUCUGGCAUGGCUUAUACUCUCAGCCGUGGCCGCGUGUCCGAUGACUCGUACUCGCAACGGGUGAAGGGCACCGGACCGACGCCGGCCCCCGGGGCGGACGCCCUCCACCGGCCAGCCGGCGCCCCAGCCAAUGGCCCUCAAUCCGGGCGACCGGUUUUCUUGAAUGUCUACGAUCUUUUCUCAAAGAACCAGCCCCUGUAUCACAUCGGCCUUGGUGUCUUCCACUCGGGGGUACAAAUCUUGGACCGGGAGUUCUGCUUCGGCGGGCACCCCUACAACUCGACCGGCAUCUUCGAGUGCCCCCCUCGCAACAUCGAGGGCGCUGUCUAUCGCGAAUCCAUCCUCAUGGGGUACACCUCCCUCUCGGACGCGGAAAUCAUCGCCUACCUCGAUGAGAUGGGCUCCACCCUAUACACUGGUUCGCAGUACAGUCUGAUCGGCCGAAACUGCAACCACUUCGCCUCGGAGUUCGCCACCUUCCUCACUGGGACUCCCUCCCCGGGCUGGGUCAACCGCCUGGCUCGCUUUGCCACGGCUGUUCCCUGUCUGGUGCCGCAGUUCCUGAUUGAGCCGCCCACGGCGGAUUUCUAUGAGCAGAUGGGCAUGAGCCCGCCACCUCCGCCACCACCGAUUUCUGGCUCGUCCAGCAAUGCCACCGGCCGGGGGGGUUCCUCUGCCGGGGCAGCCCGGCAGCAGGUCCCUGGCGGUGGCCCUCGGCCGAUCAACACCAUGACCGGGCCAUCGCGCACCCUCGGUGAUGGCGGAGCCGUGUCGACUGGCAGCAGCCCGGGCAUGCGGUCGCGCACGGUGGCCGGCCUCUCCUCGCACUCCGGGGCCACAACCGCCUCGGCGGGCGCCUCUUCCAGCACAUCCUUCCAGCGCCUGUCCUCGGUAAAUGCCUCCUCCUCAUCGGCGCAUGCGGCGCAUCUUGUGGCCAGCACCACGGCCGCCAACAGCAUGGACUCCAUGCAGGAUCUCUGACAAGGGGAAGAAAACACAUGUGACCGGAGGGGCGGGCAGGGGAUCGACCUCUCUUCCCUUUUUCUCAUGCUUGGGCACACGUAUGUUUGUGUGUGGGUGUGUGUGUGCGCGCGUGUAUAUGACUGUCUUUGAGCAUGCAUUUGAUCAUCCCAUCACUCCCAUGUCCGAGUGCGUGCAUGUGUGCAUGCACACGCAGAGGCCUUUCUCGUCUCCCUUCUGCCUCUCCCUCGCAGAAUGUACAUUCUCCCUCCUCUGCCUGGCCUAUAUGCAGGGAUUCGUA